AUGGCGGACGCCCAGAGUGUAACUCCGCCGGACCAGUCCCUGGCGCAGGCGGCGAAGACCACAUACGACUUCAACUUCAGCGACUUCUUGCGGAGGGAAUACCGUUUCGGCCUGGACCCGGACCGCCCGCAAUGUAAGGCAUAUAUGCAGGGACACUGCCCUCUGGGUAAUCGCUGCCCGGACAAGCACCAGGUGUCUUCGUCAUACAACAACCUGGUCUGCAAGCACUGGCUGCGAGGUCUUUGCAAGAAAGGCGAAACAUGCGAGUUUCUUCACGAGUACAAUCUUCGCCGCAUGCCCGAAUGCUCCUAUUACGCCCGCACGCAGACCUGCUCGAACGGGGACGAUUGUCUGUACCUUCACAUCGACCCCGAAGCGAAGCGGCCGCCAUGCCCUCACUACGACCGUGGUUUCUGUCCACUCGGCCCGCAUUGCGCACUCAAACACAACAAGAAGGCCAACAUAUGCCCCUUCUAUCUUGCCGGAUUCUGCCCUGAAGGCCCAGCCUGCAAGCAUGGCGCACACCCCAGGUUUCCCACCGAUCUGAAGAAGCCCGAGGUUCGGGUGGAGAAGAGCCCCGAACAGCUAGAGCAGGAGCGACUGGAGAGGGAGGCCGAGCGGGAGAGAGAAGAGCGAGAAGAUCGUGAGCAACAAGAGCGCAAUCCUCAUCACGUGGGUGGACACAAACAAGGAGGUCGGUGGAACAAGGGAGGACGGGGUAGAGGAAGAGGAAGAGGACGCCGCGGUGGCUUCUGA